AUAGGGAAUUUGGAGAGGGUGGUUGCAGGCAGAAGAGGCUAAUCAACAAGGAAUCUCCUGCACUUAAGAGCCUAGACCAAGCUUCCUGCCUCCGUAACUCAAGGCGACCACAACGCUAUUGUCAGUUUUAAAGGGGUCUCUGUCUGGUUGCCAUGGCUGAUAUGGAGAUCUUGGAGGACCGUGACAAGGUGAAGAAAGGUCUGAUAAAGGUUAUGCAGUGCGUGGCCACUAUCUCUUCGGCGGCUGCCGUGGUGAACCCAAUUUUCGGUGUUGCUGGUUCUCUGAUCCGUGUUGUGCUACACCACGUGGACGAUGAAGAAAUCCAGACUCUCAAACGUGAGUUCGGUAGUGUCAAUCGGUCACUCAAUGAAAUCUCCCAGCAGAACCACAACGCUCUGAUGCAGAUUAAGAAAGAGACGGUGGAUGGCCAGUACUGCAAGGUGGAGGAGAACAUUCGCCAUCAGUUCCGUAAGUUCAUGGAGAUUGUGGAGGCGCGACCGGAGCAACAGCAACGCAAGAAAGAUGAUUUUGAGGAGAACUACUCCAAUGACCUGGGAGACCAGAACCUACAUACCCUGUACGACGGUGUGAUGGGCAAGCCCAAGCUUUUCAGUAAACCGAUCCUGGAAGUGUACCUGAAGCACUCCAACGGCGACAGACGCGUCAUGGAAAACCUGUGCACGCGCCUCACCUACCUUUUCUGUAUCGGCCUGAUCGCCCUCAUGGGAUACGCUGCGGUCAUCGGGGAUGAUGAAGAGUCUCUGCAUGAGGAGUGGGCAGAGAGGAUGGUGAACGUGCAGGAGAAAAUGCAGGAGGUCCUGAGGAGGUGCAAGUGAUUCUCUUUCUCCCGCAUGCAGAAGACCUCUUUCCACAUUCCCCACAAGUCUCAACCCUCACUUUAUCCUCUCUUUAUAAUCCUUCCCCCUCAUUGGUCUUUCAUGCUGUAUCCCAGGGCAUCCUCAAGCCACUACAAAUCUCAUCUAACUUUCUCCCUUCCCUGGCUUCUUCGUUAUGGUUUAAUGGAUUGUUCUGCAAAUUUAAACAUUUUAUGAGAAUGACAAGUGCUGUACAGUGCUCACACUACGUUGCUAUAUUAUAUGAAAGUUCAUUGAGAACACUAGAAAGACCAAGUAGGAUGCAUUGAGGAAUUUGAUUUACUCUGACCCGUUAUUUGCAGUUAACACUCAAUGAACAGCCCACACCUAAGCCAUACAAAUUCACUUGACUCCAUUUUACAUGACAGCCUCAUACAAAUCUAAUGGAAUAAUGGCAGAAUAGCUGUGCAGUAGCUAGGAAAGUAUUCUGUCAUAGCAUGUGCAUCUAAUCAGCCUGUAUAACUACCAGAAAAUGACAUGUACAUUGUGAUUAUGCACCAAAGAAGGAGUGUAACAGAUGAAGUGGUAGAUUUGAUUAUAUAACGACAACA